GACAAGUCCUUCAACAUGGCCUCCUGCUGGUAAACAAUAACAGGUGAGCUCGCAGCGUAUGCGGGAUGUUUACAAAGUUGGCCGGCUACCGCAGCGGAAGAAAAACAAGCGGUUUUAUAAAUUAUUGAUGGACUACGGGGUGGCCAAGUACCCAGGUGUUGGGGAAGGUUCGUUGGAACAGUUCCCUGCCCUGGCCCCCGGCCAGGACUACAGCUUCCUCCAGAAUGUGCUCGUGGACGGUGGCAGCCAGUUCGGCGUGUCGGCGCUCGCGUUUGACUCCCAGGAAGAGCUGCUCUGGAUGGGAAACUCCGGGGGUCAUGUAACGUCUUACUACACGUCUGAGCUCCAGAAGUACACGUCUUUCCAAGUCCACGCCACCAACGAGGUUAGGCAGCUGAGCACCGUGGAUGCGGGGGUGUUGUCCCUUACCAGCAACACUGUGCGUCUCAACAACCGGCGGGGACUCAUUGUGUUUCAUCACAGCUCUGAAGAGAUGGAGGACAUGCACUGCAUGACGCUGUCUCCUUCUGGCUCGCUUCUGAUGGGAGGCAACCAGCCGAGCCUCAUUGAGCUCGACCUGUCCAGAGGUGACCACAAGGUGGUCACCGACGUAGGGGAGAAUGGCUGCGCCGUCAUUCGACGCCACCCCAGGUUCAUCUGCUGCGCCGACUUCAACGGGAAGGUCACGCUAAGGGACCCCAACACGUUUAAUGUGGAGUACACUCUGGAAUCUCUUUCGGGUACCGGGGUCCUGUCGGAUUUCGAUGUACUUGGCAAUAUGGUUGUCACUUGCGGAUUUACAAACAGGCAUGGGGCACUCACGGUGGACAUGUUCAUCAAGGUGUACGACCUGCGUGUAAUGAGGGCGGUGGCCCCCAUCCAGAUGAUGUUCCCGCCCUCUCUUCUACGCUUUGUCCCUGCCUUCACGUCCCGCCUCUUUGUGGUUUCCCAGACAGGGCAGUUCCAGUUGGUGGACACGAGCAUAACGACCCAGUCCUCCUACAUCUACCAGUUGGAGACGGGGGGUGCUGGGGUGCACGCAUUUGACACCUCGUCGUCUUGCCAGGCGCUUGCCUUCGGAGAUGUUGCUGGUUACCUUCACCUGUAUGGAGCCAGCUCACACGUCAACUUCAACAACUUUAGCAAUCCGACAGAAUUUGCAGAUCCGGAGGAACCGCACCACCCCAUUGACAUAAACGAUCCCAUCGCCCCACUGUCCACCAUUCCGAUGCCCUACUGCAGUGGAAAGCUGCUCUCCGACCUUCCCAAGGAGUUCACGAAAUAUGUGUAUAGGAGAUCCCUGCCCAUAGACCAAGUGAUCCUGAACACGAUGAAGAUGGUUGGCUCCGUGGGCUAUGCCCCCAACCCGGGCCUGUGGAAGCGUAACGAGGUACGCUACCCUCAAGAAACGCACCACCGUCGAUCCAAGGAAACUCGUGAAGACAUGGACAUGAUUCCACAGUGGUACAAAAAGAUAGACGUCAAGUAUUCCAAGAUGGGCAUAGAGGACUUUGACUUCAACCUCUACAACAGAACAUGCUUUGCGGGACUAGAGACAAACCUGCCAAAUGCAUACUGCAACAACAUGAUCCAGGUGUUGUACUUCACGGAUCCUCUGAGGUGUGCUGUCAUCAACCACAUCUGCCAGCGGGAAUUUUGCCUGGCCUGCGAGCUUGGCUUUCUCUUCCACAUGCUGGACACGGCACAGGGCAUUCCUUGCCAAGCCAGCAACUUCUUGCGGGCGUUCCGGACGAUACCCGAAGCUUCGGCCCUGGGUUUGAUCCUGUCCGACUCAGACGAGGCCCGCAAAAAAGUCAACUUCCCACGUCUCGUUCAGAGCUGGACGCGCUUCGUCCUGCAGCAAAUACAUUCCGAGACUCAGGAGGCCCCAGAAGAUGACAUGCAGAAAUCGGAGAAAUCGAGCGAGCUUGGCAGUGAGCUGAGCAAGCUGUACGGCUGGACGCUGCUCAACUCCAAUCAGUGCCGCUGCGGCAACGUCAGGGAGAAGGAGUCGACUACCCUGCUCUGUUCCCUCGUCUACCCUGACCCACUGCCACCUGUUCCAGAGAAGGUCACGCCGCAGUAUUCGUUCACGGAGAUCCUGGAGAGGAGCCUCUGCUUGGAGAGCACCAUGCCCGCCUGGUGCGACAAGUGUGAGAAGUAUCAGCCCACGCUCCAAAGCAAGCGACUGAGGUCCCUCCCUGACAUAUUGACCAUCAGUUCGGGGCUGGAGAACCAACAGGACCUCAAUUUUUGGCAGACCCAGAUUGAGAUGUUUGGCAACAAGGACAGUAAGCCCAUGGCCUUCAGCUCGGCCCCCGUGCCAAAGCGCUGUCGCUAUGGCAACUGCUGCACCCGGGCGGGCUGCAAGUUCUUCCACGACAAGGACAAGGGAAAAAAGUACGUUAUUUUCAAGACGGACACAGACUCGAGUUCCCGCACGGCCUGCUCAUGGCUUCCCUUAUCCGUUCACAUCAAACUCAACGAAGAUGGAACAGUGGCCAUUUCACGCUCUGACUGUAAGGUGGAGCCAGCUCCCGAGACAAAGGUGGCAACGGAACAGCCUUCGAAGCGUCGGGAGAAGAAACUCAUGGGCAGCGCACCGGAGAUGGACAGUGGGGACUCCGGGGUGCUCUACGAGCUGACGGCGGUGGUGUCCGUGGUGAACAACACGCGCACCAACAUUGUGAGCUGCGUUCGAGUGGGGCCCUCGUACCACCUGCACCACCAGGGCGGUGCCGCCAGCCAGUGGUACCUUUUCAACGACUUCACCAUCGUCCCCAUCUCGCCGGAAGAGGCAGUGUGGCUUCCCCUCGACUGGAAGCUCCCAUGCGUCCUCUACUACAGCUGCGUCGACCUGGCCUCCAAACACCGGACAACAGUCAAGACGCCCCUGACGGUGGACGUGUUCCUGCAAGACAUGUCCCUGGCUUCUGAUGGUGGGCGCCGCCAUGUCACCUUUCAGCCCCUCACUGCCAACGAGAUUCUGAGGCGGGGCGACAUCGUGGCCAUGGACGCCGAGUUUGUCACCCUCAACCAGGAAGAAGCGGAGAUUCGGAGCGACGGGACACGGUCCACGAUCCGUCCUUCACACAUGUCCGUCGCUCGCAUAUCCUGCCUUCGAGGUCAGGGCUCUCUCGAAGGCGUGCCCUUCAUAGACGACUACAUUGCAACUCAAGAACAGGUGGUUGAUUAUUUGACGCAGUUCUCGGGCAUCCAGCCGGGUGACUUGGACGUGACCAUUUCGUCCAAGCACCUCACGACCUUGAAGGCCACCUACCAGAAGCUGCGCUACCUCAUGGACGAAGGGGUCAUAUUCGUUGGUCACGGCCUCAAGAACGACUUCAGGGUCAUCAAUCUCGUGGUACCUCCUGAACAGGUGAUAGACACUGUGCUCCUUUUCCAACUGCCCAACAAAAGGAUGGUGUCGUUACGGUUCUUGGCUUGGCAUUUCUUAGGCCUCAAGAUCCAGUCGAAGAUGCACGACUCCAUCGAAGAUGCCAAGACAGCGCUUCGCUUGUACCGGAAGUACCAACAGCUCGAGAAAGAUGGCAAGGUGAUAGAAGCCCUGAAGGAAAUGUACGAGGCCGGCAGGAAUCUGUCCUGGAAAGUACCUGGCACAGAAGAGGAAUGACAAAACGACUUUUGGGGACACUGGUGUUGGUAGUGGGGUGGGAAAACCCUUGCAUGCAGUUUACUGUCAACAGUACUACCUCUGUUCAACUUCUCGCAAGCCACACCCAGUGGUACGAAGGCUGCAGAACAUAAUGCAUGCAUCAUGGAAGAGGUUACAACAGAACAUAUCUGACUUCUGCCAGCUGGAAAGUUCGGAGAUGCACAGAGACUGGUUUCUAGAUAGAGUUGGCCCACUGUGGACUGAAACAACCUGUGAGUUCACUGCGUCGCAUUUAAUAACUGCUCCCGAAGCAGGCGAAAAAGAAUAAACCAUGUUUUAUUUUGUUA